AUGUAUGCCGUAAGUCACCACCCAGGCCGCCCUCAGCCGCGUCACUUAGACCACCCGAAGCCUGGACCACCCAGGUGUGUGCCCUGCGGCCUAUGUUGGGACAACCGUGAAGAGCAGAGCCAGCAUGUGAAGUCCGACUUCCAUCGGUAUAACUUGAAGCGCCGCGUGGCUGGAUUAGAACCUGCAUUAGAAUCGGAUUUCAACUUGAAGAUGUCAAUUUUAGCGAGUACAGGACCCGAGCUCACUCAAGUAAUUGGUGGUCCCAAAAUGCCUCGUAGGAAACGGCUGCUGAAGAAGCACAAGGGGGACCGGAUGCAGAACGCCAACGUGCUUCUGGAGACUGGGAAGGAUAUGCCGGAGUCGACGCGCCAGGGCCGCGACGAAAGCGAGGGCGGAAACAGCAGCGAGGACCAGGACGACGUGGGCGAAGACGAAGCCAGCGAGUGUGACCCGUAUGAGGACACCCAGUGCUUGUUUGACGGGAACACAUAUGGUAGCUUCGAUGACAAUCUGGAAGCGAUGAGGGCGCAGUACAGUUUGAUGGUGCCUGAUGAGCAGUAUUGCCUUGACCUGCGCGAGUUCCUGAGGUAUCUGGGUGCCAAGGUUUAUGAAGGCCAUCUGUGUUUGUGGUGCAAUCGUCAAUUCCGGAGUACACUGGCUGUCCAGAACCACAUGUUGGAUAAGGGGCAUCAACGCAUCGGCUGCCACCUGGACGAACAGAUUGAGGAGUACGCCCUCUUUUUCGACUACAGCACGAGCUACUUGGAGCUCAACCUACCAGAGGAAAUCAAGCGGAAGCUGGUGGCCAUUGCCAACGGCGAGGAGCUGCUGGAACUAACGGACGUUGAAGAUGAGGCGGAACAGACCGAGGUGGAAAGACCGAGGUGGAAGAGGCGGAACAGACCGAGGUGGAAGAGACCGAGGUGGAAGAGGCGGAACAGACCGAGGCAGAAAAGACCGAGCAGCGCAUAG